UGAGAAAUGAGCUCAUUUUUGUCUCUGAAGCCCAAAACAUCUUUCCACUUAGAUUAUAAAGGCAAAACUUCUCCCACUUAUACUCUGUGACAAACUAAACGUUGGAGAGAUAUGGGAAAGCUAAGUAAUGAAGCAGAAGGUCAAAAGAAAGUGAUCAUGCAUUUCAGCCAUGAUCAUGCCCUAGAACUCACCAAACUCUCAAAAACAAACCAAGCAAUCUGUUCCGGCUGCGGAAUUCACAUCCUCCCCGACGGGGACUAUUUUGCCUGCGCAACGUGCAAUUUCUUUCUCCACAAAGAAUGCUCUGAAUUGCCGAGAAAUAUCUAUCAUCCUUCAGACAAGAAUCACAACUUGAUUCUUAUCCUGUCACCCUCUUUUCAUUGCAAGGCAUGUGGGACUCCUGGUUCCGGUUUCUCCUACAAUUGCAAUAUCUGCCUUGGAGAUAUCCACAGCCUGUGCGCGAUGAAGCCUUUUUCUGCUACACAUAAAUCACACCCUCACCCGCUAAGAUUGGAAUUUAAAUCUCCUUAUGAAGGAGAAGAAGGCUUCCAAUGCGACAUCUGUGGACAACCAGGUUACAACCAGUGGCUCUACUGCUGUCAACAAUGUGGUUACGACGUGCACCUUCAUUGCUCGAAGUCUCAGGUGGGAGCGGAAGUCCAUAUCAUUCAGGAGAAACCAGCUUCUGAAGCUUCAAGCAGAGCUCUCAGUCUUCCUAUUAGUACACAAAAGGCCGCCAUUAACAUCACUUCUGUUACUCAAUCUGGCAAGUCAUGCGAAACUUUUCUAGGCUUCCAACAAGUUAAUGUCUCAGGGACAAUUCAACAAGCUCUUGCUAGUCAAAACAUGGCGAUAACAACUACUCAAGCUCCCUUCGACAACCCAGCCUCACCGCCCUUGCCAAUGGUCCCCACACAGUACAGGCCAAAUGUUGCUUGUGUUUACCAGUCAAGCAAGUCCUCAAUCGGAUUUCCAGCAAACUGUCAUGGACUUGACCGACCCAAUGGGAGCGGCUCAAGUACUAAUCUAGCAAUUUGUGUCAAUCCAAACAUAAUGAUGAUGAGCACAACCCGAGGUCCCAUGAACAAUUCAAACCCUCCGAGUGGUGCCACCCAAUACCAACCAAACAUAGCUUAUGCUCAACAGGAGACUAAGUUUCCUAGUCAAAGACAAAUGUACAGCAGCAAUGGCUUUGUCUACUUCGGCAGUGCUCAAGGAAGAAAUAAUCUACCAAUACACGUCGGGCCAAAUGCAGUUCUCGUCAGCCCAAAUGCAAUGACAGAAACCACUAAUCAAGUCCCGUUACACACCACAACCCCACCAGUUGUUGCGGCACAGUACAGCCCGAACACUGUCGGUCAGGGAGGCAAUUUCUCAAAUGGGUUCCAAGCAAGCGCUUACCCCUUUAGCCCAGUCACUGCCUCAAGCACCAUUCAAGCAAUCCCAAUGAGUCCGAAUGGAACAACCAUGUUCACCACUAACAAUAGCACAAACCCUGCAGUUGGUGUCCCCCAAAACCGGCCAAGCACAGCAUUUGCCAAUCAAGGAACAACUUUCCCCAACGGAUCACAAGCGUACGGCAACAACGGUCUCAUGUAUCUGAACGGCACUCAAGGGAUCAACAACCAACCGAUAUACCUGAGGCCGAAUGGUGGCGGAGCUUCAAUGGCCCCAAUGGUUCCACAAAACCAAGGGCUCGGCUAUGGGAAUCCAGUAUACUAUGGUGCAAACCAGGGCAUGAUGAGUGGGGUGACCGGCAUGUGGGGUGGUGGUGGUGGUCGUGGUGAUGAGGGAUCGAUGGGUCUUGAUGGGUCAGAGAUCCUGAAUUCCUACGUCGGUGAUUACUUCUAGUUCUGAAUUGCCGAUUGACUCAAGUUUCCUUUUUUGCUAGCAUCGUCAUGUGUUUAAUGUUGAUUAUAGCAGUGCAAUUUCGAGUAAUUUCAAUACUGUUCUUCCAAAUUUAAUCCAACAUUCGCGCUGGAAUUGGGCAA